GCGCCUGGUCCGGCCGGUGCGUAGUUGGAUGAGGAGAUCACCCCAAUGUCAGGAAAUAGGGGAGGGGGGGUGCUUAACUCGGGAGAUAAAGCCAGGCUAAUAGAGUUGAGGCAAAGCGGUAUUUAACGUUUUUUUUGGGGUUAAGGCCGUUAGUUAGCCGUUAGCUGCUGACACAGAACAGGGGUGUGGCUGAUUGGCUGGUCACCACUUAUCAGAGGUGUCAAGCUAGGCUGCUAUACCAAGGCCCUGAGGAAUCCAUCAGCAUCAUAUUCUGUGAACUCCUGACCUGAAGAUACAGUGUAGCUUUAAGGUUUUUUAUUUCGUUUAACUUCUCGUUCUGUCUACUCCGUUGGGACAAGUCAGUCACAAGCUGUUCUCAUUGGCAGGAACUUGAAGAGAGGCAGUUUCCUAGAGAUCAGAGGUCAGGCCAUGACCCCGAGAGAGCAGCUGAGAAAGAUGUCAGCGAUGGGGGAGCAGGGGGCUCUGGAUGAGAAACACUGGUACCGCCUGGUCAAUGGCAUGUCUGCUGGAGAGCUACGUCAGCGGCAGGAGAUGAUGAUGAGAAACCAGAUGACCAUGACUCCUCAGAUCCUGGCCCAGGGACAGCAGAGGUUACAGGGGGUGCCCACCCAGUUUGAGCCCCGCUUCAUGGAAAGAGAGCUAGCUCCUCCCUCUGAGAUGGUAUCUUCUGAGGUCAGGCAGAUGCACAUGGGGGGUCACCUCGGUCCGCCCAUGCCCCCACACCCUGGUAUACCUGGCAGGGGCUUCCCUGGAGCUGGCUAUAGCUUCAUGCCCUCAGAGCCCAUGGAGACAGUUGCCCGGCGACAGGAGCUCAUCCACAAGCAGAACAUCGCCAGGAUGGAGAUGAAUGCCAUCCUCCAUCAGAAGGAGAUGGAGAACGCACAUCAGAAGGGUCUGAUGGGUAUGGAGGCACCCAUGAUGUACCAGUCCAAUGCCAUGGCGUUCCGAGGGCGCCAACGCCUCCCAGACGGCCACGACGUCUUCGUCCACCGCACCACCCUGGAGGAAAUGCAGGCCAACAGCCUCCUGAUGUCCUCCAGCCCCUAUCCACCAAUCAGCACGCUGCAGAGGGAGAGGAGCCGCAGGGUCGGUCGCAGGGCAACUAAUCACAAGAGCACAGAGAGCCACGCGUCGGGCCCGAAGGGCCAAUCGGAAGACAAGAGCGUGGAGCAGAGUCCCGGCGGUGCCUCGGGAGAGGAGAAAGAGGCGGAGGGGAAAAUGGACAUGGGAGGGGAGGCGGCCAGCAAACAACAUCAAACCAAAAUGGACGCACAGCUCUCGGCGGGCAGCAGGAAGAGCUACAAGGAGGAGGAGCAGGGCCUGCGCAAGGCCUGCAUAAACAGUCAAGAUGGCUGCCCUGACGUUACCAACUGCAACAGUGGCACCAGCGACAAAGACAUGCCUGGCCAAUGCUCUGCGUUCCAGUAUCCCUCCGCCAGUGGGCCUAUCCCAGGCAUGCCGUACAUGUUCCCUCAUGGGCACCCCAAUCUCUUUCUCAACGGAGAAGAUAUGUCCUCUAUCCAAGACCUCAGGAAGUGGACAGUGGACGACGUGUACAACUUCAUCAACAACAUACCCAGCUGCUCUGAAUAUGCUCAGACGUUCAAGGACCACGUGAUAGAUGGGGAAACGUUGCCGCUCCUGACAGAAGAACAUCUACUGGACACCAUGGGACUGAAGCUGGGCCCUGCACUCAAGAUACGAUCACAGGUGUCUCGACGGCUAGGCAGCAUGUUUUAUAUGAUGAACCUCCCGCUCGCCGCUGCCGCCGCUCUGCAGGCUGCCCCUGAGAAGGCAGGAGGAGGCCGAUCGUCAGAGAUCAGCUCCCCUGUUAACUGUAACAGUGUGGAGAUGAUGGGCAGCCCAUGCACCAGAGACCCAGAGGGCCUGAAACCAACCGACUCCCUCCCAGAGAUUGACAACCCCUCUCCCCCGUUGGCCAGCAGUGGAACUGCCUGAGGCAUCAGUGUGUGGGAGAAGAGUCGUCAGCCAGUGGCUCAGAUCCAAGUCGACCACUAGCCCCUACCACAUACAUAUAGACACAUACCCUCUAAGGACUUCAUGUAGAUUUUUAAGCAUUGGAUGGGUAUAAGUGAUAUAGUAACAGCUGCAUCUUGCCCUCUGAUUGGCUAGAUGGAAUUGUUGCUGUGUUGGAUACACCUGUCCAACUUUCAGAAGUGCACAGGGAGUAGGAAAUAGGGUUCGAUUAGGAAUUCAGCAAGCGUUUCAGCCCAAAGAGCUGCUUUUAAGCUGCUAACCAUUUCCGUCAGGCAAUGGUGUUCAGUUUUCUAGUGUGUGCCCUGCAGUGUUUAAACUGCUAGGUGUAUGAUGGCAUUUUUGUAUGUAUUUAGUUACAGUUGAAAUGUUUGGUACUGUUUUUCCACCAUGUUUCAGAUUCAAGAUGGAGGCAUUAAACCCCAAGCCGUUAGAAAUAUAGAUGGCUUGAUGAAGAAUGGGAAGAACACUGAAUAUACACAUGACCUCUGUGUUUGGGGAGAAAAUAAACUGUAUUAUGUAAAUAUUAAUGCAUUUAUUGUGUUUUUGUAGCAUAAUGCUUUCCAAUGAAUAUGUGUGAUAUUAUCAGUUUUAAUGAAUAUAAAUGAUUGAUUUUAACGUCACAAUGUAGCCUAUCAAAUCACAGUUUUUUAAAAUAAGUUUUCUAUGUUUUCUGGUUCAGUUUUGAAACAUUUGUAAUGUAGUAAUGUACACUGAACAUCAAUCAUAUAAAUAAUUUAUAUGUCGAUAGCUACACUUUAUCUGAAUUUGUACAGUUGGCACUCAUUCAGUUUAUCUGCAUUCAGGGGCGGACUGGGACCAGAAAUCGGCCCUGGCAUUUCUAAAACACAGGCCUAUUUUUUACCUUGAGGCCCCCCGAUUAUUAGCCAGAUAAUGAUCAAGUUAGACAGGCCCACUGGGCACUUUUUUUUAUCAGCCCAUCUGCCCGAAAUGCCAGAGGGCCAGUCCACCUGUGUACAUUAGAAUGAACACCCUUGACCCAUUAGAGCACAUUAGAAUGAACACACUUUGCCCAUUAGAGCACAUUAGAAUGAACACCCGUGACCCAUUAGAGCACAUUAGAAUGAACACACUUUGCCCAUUAGAGCACAUUAGAAUGAACACCCUUGACCCAUUAGAGCACAUUAGAAUGAACACCCUUGACCCAUUAGAGCACAUUAGAAUGAACACACUUUGCCCAUUAGAGCACAUUAGAAUGAACACCCUUGACCCAUUAGAGCACAUUAGAAUGAACACCCUUUACCCAUUAGAGCACAUUAGAAUGAACACCCUUGACCCAUUAGAGCACAUUAGAAUGAACACCCUUUGCCCAUUAGAGCACAUUAGAAUGAACACCCUUGGCCCAUUAGAGCACAUUAGAAUGAACACCCUUGGCCCAUUAGAGCACAUUAGAAUGAACACCCUUGGCCCAUUAGAGCACAUUAGAAUGAACACCCUUGGCCCAUUAGAGCACAUUAGAAUGAACACCCUUGGCCCAUUAGAGCACAUUAGAAUGAACACCCUUGGCCCAUUAGAGCACAUUAGAAUGAACACACUUUGACCCCGUCGUUUGAGAUACCGUGGUGGUAAAGGCUAUUUCAAAUUCAAAUCACAGUUUUUUAAAAUAAGUUUUCUAUGUUUUCUGGUUCAGUUUUGAAACAUUUGUAAUGUAGUAAUGUACACUGAACAUCAAUCAUAUAAAUAAUUUAUAUGUCGAUAGCUACACUUUAUCUGAAUUUGUACAGUUGGCACUCAUUCAGUUUAUCUGCAUUCAGGGGCGGACUGGGACCAGAAAUCGGCCCUGGCAUUUCUAAAACACAGGCCUAUUUUUUACCUUGAGGCCCCCCGAUUAUUAGCCAGAUAAUGAUCAAGUUAGACAGGCCCACUGGGCACUUUUUUUUAUCAGCC